CCGACAAAUGGCGGCUAGUUCGAAGAAUGUACGCCUUGCGAAGAGUUUUAAAGAACGACUGGAUCUGCUCGGCUGUCCCUACACUGAAGGUGUUGAUGCGUCGUGGAUUCUCGAACCACUCUUCAAACCUGGAGAACCAAGAAUCCGAUUACUACAGUGGCUGUUUGUCAAAUUUGAUGGUCGUUUAGAUGAAAUUCUUGAUCCUAGCUACACACCUAUUGAAUCUCAAAAGGAUUCUAGAAUUCAAAGACUUCUGUUUGUGGCCAGUACCUUGGGUCUCUGUAAAUACAAUGAUGUCGAUCUCAUCAGGGGAGUAACGUCCACUUCAAAACAGGCGGCAUUCAUGGAUCAGCUGUUAGACAUGGUGACCAUCAUGGAUAACGCAGAUGAAAAUCAAACCAUGUCAUUCAGUCCAGGAAUCGUAACGCAAUCAUCAAGUCUUAAUGAACAGUUCACCAAUGCUUGUCUGUAUGUGGAUCAGCUGGCAGACCAGAAUCAGAUGCAUACAAUGUUUAAAACGCGGUUCAGUCGCUUGCCCCCAGAUUUACAAAAGCAAGCAGAAGUUAGUUGGGCCAAGAAAGGAUUCACCAAGGACAAGCCUCCAGAUGUAGAUCUUUCAACAUUAUUAGAGAUGGCCAAUCAAGUUGCAAAAGAUGUAGAUCGUCAGAUGGAAAUCUUACAAGAUCUGAAAAAAAAUUUUAAGUUUCAAACGGAAGAAGAGAAUUCUCAACUGGACCACAGUAGUCGGACACUCCAGAUACGGCUGUCAGACAUGUCUCAGCUGAUAGUCAGUUUUAGCUACUGCUACGAGAACGAAAUGAGACACUGGUGCAACAAAACACCCCCCAUCCUCACAGACCUGGGUGUUGCUUUCAAGAGAGUCUACAAUUUACUGCAGCAGUUCGUGGCUCUCCUCAAUGGUCUACAACAAAUACGGCAGUCCCAUGCAAAUUUGGAUCAAGAUGUCAAAGAAAAACUUGGGAAGUCACUAACAAAAGAUUAUCAACAACAAAGUAUAGCAUCCCAGUCAACUCUAGACAGAUUGCAGCACUGCAUCAGCAUUCUUGAGGAGUCCAAAAAGUGGCAAGCAGUUGAUUCAUCUGUGUCCACAGAGACUGUAAAACUGUGAAGAAAUUUACUUUAAUGUUUCAUCAGUUAUUUCAAAACAGUGACACUUGCUUCAACAUUUACCUUGCAGAAGCUCGAAGAUGAAGAUCAAACAUUUUUUUUUAAUGUGCAGUGGAACUUUAUGGGAUUAUUCGGAAGUAGGCAUACUUUAUUAAAAAGUCGGGCAGCAGGACAAUUUUGAAUGAAGUUGCACUGAAGUACAAACCCAACAAACAUCACUCAAGCUUGACAUUGUAAAGUUAUCUUUACAAAACAUAUAUAUAUAUUUAACUGUUAUAUAUACUAGUAGAUGAUUUAUUAAAUAACUUAAAAAUUAAA